AUGUACUAUUUGCAAUAUAAAAAUAGUAUUCUUAAUAUAGCUUUUAAUGCGAAUAAACUUAUGCCAUUAGGACCAACUAAGUAUGAAGAGCUUGAAGUCUGUGAAAAUAAUGCUAUUAGUAUUCAUGAAACAAUCAAUGUUAACUAUAACAG